AUGAAGCUCAUCAUAGCUGGGUCUACUGGCUUUUUGGCCACUGAGCUGAUCCGCCAAGCUCUCGCGCAUCCCGGAGUCACGUCUGUCAUUGCUCUGGGUCGGCGCGAAGCGUCUGUACCUGCAGGCGUAGAGUCAAAUGGGAAAUUCAAAUCAGUCAUAUGUAAAGACUUCGAGAAUUAUUCCGAUGACAUAAAAUCGGAAAUAGCGGAAGCCGACGCUUGUAUCUGGUAUGCUUUUACACUGCUCAUCAUUCAAUAUCGCGCGAGAUUUCCGCUAUUAACGAGUUUUACACUUGGAAGGACAAUUGCCAUAGUGCCUGGAAAACUGAGAUCGAUGAGCUGGGAGGAAGCCUGCAAGAUAUCCCGAGAUUAUGCCGUCACUGCAAUCGAGACCAUAUCUCAGUUACGCCGCGACAAGCCAAAUGGAACAUUCAGAUUCAUUUAUGUUAGCGGUCAUACGGCGACGCGCGAUCCGUCUAAAAAGCCUCUUAUAUUGCCUGACUACUCUGUUAUGCGGGGCGAGGCGGAGACGCGCAUUCUCAAAUGCGCACAAGAAUCAAAUGGCGCUAUCGAAGCAUCUGUAGCGAAGCCUGGUCUAAUCGAUGACCCAAAGGACCCAAGGUUCUGGACCAGAGCGGCUAAGAAUUACGGGCGAAUGCUCUUUGGCAUACCGAAAGUCGAGGUUAAGGUAAUAGCGGCUACGUUGGUUGACCAAGUUGUCAACGGUCUUGAGAAGGAUACUUUGGAAAAUAAAGACUUGGUGCGAAUUGGCACUAAGGCAUUGGCUGCGCAGGCAUCUUCUUCAUAG